GGGCGGCACCGCUCAUCUUUGCGUGACUCUUGAGAGUCCAUGAAGAAGAAGAAGCAGGGGCAUGAUGGCAGCGCGCGUGGUGCUGAGAACUUUACAACAACAAACACGAUGUGCAGUGCCUUUCUUUGCGCAGUUCCAGAGAGCUAAAAGCACUGCCAUCCCCUCAAGUUACAUUCCACAGACGUCGUUGUCCAGGCCGCCGUGGCCGGAGCUGCCGGUGUUGGAUAGAGAAGAGGAGCAAAAGCAGCACAGAGCGGUUGUACAGAAGGUGAACGCCCUCAUUGAGAACGGGGAAUACGGCAGACUGUUUGCGGUCGUUCACUUUGCCAGCCGUCAGUGGAAAGUGACUAAUGAAGAUUUGAUCCUGAUUGAGAACCACAUUGAGGCGGAGUGUGGAGAUCGAAUUAUAAUGGAAAAGGUGCUGCUUGUUGGAGGAGAAGAUUUCACACUCAUAGGGAAGCCUCUGGUCAGCCGUGAUUUAGUCAGAGUCGAGGCUACGGUUAUCGAGAAGACAGAGUCCUGGCCCAUGGUCCACAUGAGGUUCAGGAAGAGACACAGAUUCCAGAGGAAGAGAAUUAUUGUACAGCCACAGACGGUUCUGCGGAUCAACAGCAUCGAGGUGUCGCCGGGACUCAUCUGAUCCGUCAGUGUUUUACUGUAUAUCUGUGUUCUUUAUUGGUUAUUUAUCUGAAGAUUAUCUGAAGGUUGAUACCCGUCUGUAUGUUUAAUAAAGCUGCUGGUGAUUCUA